AUGAGCCGGGCGAGCGAAACGUUUUACGCAGCGGCAGAGUACAAUGGAUGGGGAGACCCUCGACAAGGACAAGGGUUCCGCCGACUGGAUGCCGUUGAUAUUGUAGAUGAGAAUAGCGCCUCACUGCGCCGCCCGUCCUACGUAGAGAUGCAAGAACAGCCACAAGAUUCAAAUGAAGACGAGAAGCGGAAAGCAAAGAGAUACAACAUAAAGUUCUACCUCAUCCUUUUCUCGCUAUGUAUCACCAGUCUACUGGUCGCACUGGAAGGAACAGUUACAUCCACCGCUUUGCCAACUAUAGUCCGCGAGCUUGGUGGUGGAGCAUCUUACGUCUGGGCUUCAUCGGGGUAUUUUCUUGCAUCGACUGUCUUGCAACCACUGUAUGGGCAAAUGGCUAACAUAUUUGGGCGCCGAGUUCUGAUUCUCUUCGCCGUGUGCUCCUUCGUUCUCGGAAGCGGGAUCUCCGGCGGUGCGCAUUCAAUGGGUAUCCUCAUAUUUGGACGCGUCAUUCAAGGCAUCGGCGGUGGAGGAAUCAAUAUGCUCGUCAAUCUCAUCGUCUGCGACCUUGUGCCUCUUAUCGACCGAGGGAAAUUCAUGGCACUGGUAUUUAGCGCGAUCUCUGUCGGAACUGGUCUAGGGCCAUUCCUCGGCGGUAUCAUCGUCGAGAGGACAGCAUGGCGUUGGGUGUUUUACCUGAAUAUCCCUAUAGGCGGCAUCUCCAUAGUUCUUCUCUUCUUCUUCCUUCGCGUCAAAACUCCCAAAACGAAUUCGACAUGGCAAGAGAAACUUGCCCAGAUCGAUAUCGGCGGGAACAUCCUCUUCAUAACGGGAGUCUCCUUCAUUCUCGUCGCUCUCACCUAUGCCGGAACAUUAUGGCCAUGGAAAAGCUACAACACUAUCGUCACUCUCCUCUUUGGUUUCUCAGGACUUGCUGUAUUUCUCUUCUAUGAAGAAAGCAGCUAUUGCAUACAUCCAACAAUGCCACUCCGACUUUUCCGGAACCGAACUUCGGCUGGAGCCUUCGCUAUCACAUUCAUUCACUCCCUUCUUACCCUUCUGGUCAUCUACUUCCUCCCCGUCUAUCUACAAGCUGUAUUGCUAUCUACUCCAACAAGAUCCGGUGUUCAAAUGCUACCUACAGUCAUUGUUCUUGUCCCAUUCUCCGCAAUUUCUGGAGCAGUGCUUUCAAAGAUCGGGCGCUACAAGCCCCUACACAUCGCCGGCUUUGGAAUUAUCACAGUUGGUCUGGGCUUUUUCAUCACUCUAAAUCACAAAAGUCCACCAGUCGCAUGGAUAAUGGUUCAGAUGGUAGUCGCCGUUGGUUCAGGCUUUAGCCUCAGCACUCUCCUUCCAGCCGUACAAGCCGAGCUCUCCGAUGCCGACACCGCCGCCGCAACCGCGACAUGGGCCUUUGUGCGUCAGUUUGGUGUCGUAUGGGGUAUAUCCGUUCCCGCUGCCAUCUUCAAUUCCCAGAUCACGCAUCUCUUACCGCGCAUCAGCGACGCCACUGUGCGAGCAGAGCUAAGUGGCGGCGCUGCCUAUGACCAUGGAAUACGCGCAUACAUCAACGCAUUCGAGCAGCCACUGAAGGCACAGAUUAUUGGCGUGUAUUCAGACAGUCUUAAGAUUGUUUGGAUAUUUGCAACAGCGAUUGCGGGACUGGGAUUCUUACUUGUGUUUUUAGAAAGGGAAACUAAGUUGAGGAGUGAACAGAGCGGGGAUUUUGGACUUGAUGACGACUAG